GCUGAAAUGGCUGUCCAGCCCAAAAAUGCACUUGCUACACAAGCUGUAAUGAACAUCAGCAAAGCAGAAGAAGUCCGAAAAGAGACAGAAAUGAUGAUGAAGCCCCAUGCGAACUGGGAGGAGUAUCUGAUGCCCGGUCCCAUCUCCAUCGCCAUCUUAGGGGAGCUGGCUUGCAUUGCCGCAGGACAAGGAGACUUUGCCAUCAAUCUUGCCCCACCCCAGGGAGGCUACAAAUAUAUGAGGUAUCCGGACUCCUUUCAGGCUUCCCUGAUGCAGGUCAGCAACAGUGGUUGGCAUGCCUUCAGCACCGCCCACAAGAAUAUGGAUGGCAUCCGGCUCCUUUCUAUGAGCAUCCCUGAGCAACUCAAGAUGAUAAUCAAGACCUUAUUCCAGGAUGACCUGAACUUGAUAGAUACCUUGCUCCCUGGACAGCUAUGCAGCCUGAAAUCGAUUGCAAAUGAAUGUUCCUCUUUAGCCAAGGCAGUGGACAAUAAGUUCAAUGAUGUCAUCUGUCUGAUUGGGGAACUCUUGGAAGUGUGUACGAGUUCCAAAUCGCAGUACGAACAAGGAUUGACAGAAACCAAACGCGCUUUGGAAGAUCUGAAACUAAGAAAGGCAGCAGCUGAAGACGCCCAGGCAAAAGCAGAGGAAUAUUACAAGGAAAUAAAGAACAGAGUGACCGAAACGUUUGAAGAUUAUAGAAAAGCGGUCGAUAGCAUUCCUACUGGCUGGAAUGCUGUAUUUCUGGAAUUCACUUCGACUAUACGAGAAGCCUUGACGUUCCCAAUUCCCAAUCUGACAUCCUGGCUCACCUCUAAGGCAUAUGGCUCUAUCCCAACCCACGCCGGAAGUGAGGAAGGCUGUGAAAGUGAGGAUGACUUCAUAGCCAUGAACAACAUCUGUGCCCUGUCAGCUCAAAUGUUGGCAUUGGUGCACGCUCUUGAAACCAUGGUGGAUGAUGAAGGCAAUAUUGAUAUGGAUCUCCUCUACAAUAAAAAACACAAUGAAAUCAAAGCUGAAUGGACCCAGAAGAAAGCUCAGCAACUGUUAGCAAAAAUUAAAAAAGAAAGGAAGUGCAGCAUGAAAAAUUUGGCAGUGAAAAUAUGUAAGUAUAUAGUAGACAUUUCCAAUAUAUUAAUUGAGGUAGUAGAGUCAGGGGUCCUAAACAAGAAAAAACUGUUAAAGAAAAUGGACAUUCUCUCAAAGGAUAUUAUUAUUUUCGAUAGCAGAAGCAAAUCCUGUAAUCGCACAUCCCCCUUUGGUCCCAUGGCGCCAAAUAUGGCCAAAUCCCAGAAAAUUGUUCAGGGAGAGUCGACGUCAGUGGUGAAAAACAGCGUUUUGAAAAUAGAGCAAACUAAAGAAAUCCUGAAGAUAAGCCAAGAAGAAUACCAGAAAACUUUUGACAACUUAAAGGAGCAGAAUAAGGAUUUGUUGGAUGUGCUGAGUGAAAUGAGGAAAUGUGAAAUAAAAGAGAUCGAUUUUGAAAAUGCCAAACAGAUGCUGGUCAAAGGCCUGGAUGCCAUGGGAAGAGUGAAGGAACAGUGGGAGAAAAUGGUGCGUUUCUUCCAAAUGAUCUCCAACCUCAUUGACUCCUGUCUCAAUAAACGCCUGACAGAAUUUGUGAACUCAGCUGAAGAUCUUCCCAAAAUUCCGAAUUAUUCCCACAAAGACUUUGUCAUAGAUAUGAUUUAUAAACAGGCCUUCAAUGCAUCCAACAUAGCUCACUUGGUGCACAUGAUAUCCGAGACCUACACCGAAGUGUCUUCAAAAUACCUGAUGGAUAAAGUGGGCAGCCUGAAUAGGCUUAUUUCUAUGGACCCUUCCAACCCCCAGCUCCGAAUGGAGCGUAUCAAACUAGCAAAUGGCUGCGACGAAGCCCGAGAAGCCAUAGAGGCCCUGGUCAUUAAGCAAAAGCAAGAAUUCGAAAAUAGUAUCCAUGCCAGAGUGGCAAGAAUCAAUUCUGAGCUGAAGGCCGUCUUGCCGGAAGUGCCUGAAGCAGAGAGAAAAGCUAUUGAACAUAAUGUGCAAAAAGGGAUGAGGGAAAUCACCCAGGAUGAAGCCGAACAAUUCAUGUAGACUUGUCUUUCACCCCAUGAGGGAAAUGGAGGCUGCCUAGGCUCUUCUGUAUUAUUGUAUUUCCCUCAGAGUAAUAGAAUGUCAAUUGGGCCGUUCGGUCAUCUUGUAUUUGGUAAAACUAGAAAACCAAGAAACAACUAGAGAUAUUGCUGUUCAGGAACCUUUCAAAAAUCAUCUUGGCCAACCAUUUCUGAGGUGGAGGCUCAUGUUAGCUUCUACUAAAUACUUCUGUUUUCGUUUCUUCUUUAUGCACUAGUUAUCUCUUCUCCCAUCUCUCAAUUUUUGUGGACCAAUACCCCUCCCUCUGCCUUCUGAUCUGCUAGCUAGUUUGUCUACCCUACCAUUCCUCUUUGGGCCAUUCCUAGUGGAGGAAAAGUUGCUGAGUCUUGUGUGCUUCUUUUUUUAACCAUAAUUUGUGUGUCUAUGAUAGAGAAAAGGGUUGGGAUAGGUACAGUAAGUAGCUUGAGAUCUGCACUAAAAACGUGAUAUUCAAUUUCAUUCAUUGCUAUUAAUUCUGUUGUCAUUGCAGGUUUCCCUCAUUUUUGGAUGGUACAAUUGAGUGUGAAUCUCUCCCUCCCUCCCUCCCUCCUUCCCUCUCUCUUUCUCUAAUAUAUCUAUCUAUCCAUUGCAGACAUUAAUGGGGGAAUAAAUAGAAUGUCCACAUUUUUUCUGGGGUUGCCACUUUUAGGCCUGUAUUUCUUUGGAGAUGCUUAUCAAUUAACAGAAUAACAGGGGGACCUUGGAGGUCUUCUAGUCCAACCUCCUGUUGGGUCCAACAGCCUGAUCUAUCAUCUCUUAGACUCAGAGAGGUGGCUGCUUAGAUUACUAUGCUGAAAUGUAAGUGAACAAUCCUCAAUUUUCUUGGCUUCUUGAGUCCUU